AGUCAUUAUAACAGUAAACCUCACGUAGUAUCAUUCUUGUGUGUAAAAUCUUGCUUCAGUUUCAAGCGUUGGAAGCUCCGAAAUCCAACACCCAAAACUCCAAGCCUCCAUUGAAACAAUGUCGACAUCCGUGAACUUAGAAGAUGUUCCGUCGGAAAGCCUCAUGUCGGAGCUCCUCCGCCGCAUGCGGUGUUCCUCCAAGCCUGACAAACGUCUUAUUCUCAUUGGCCCACCUGGAUCAGGGAAAGGAACGCAAUCUCCUAUCAUUAAAGAUGAGUAUUGCUUGUGUCAUUUAGCCACUGGGGACAUGCUGAGAGCUGCUGUUGCUGCCAAAACGCCUUUGGGCAUUAAGGCGAAGGAGGCCAUGGAUAAGGGAGAACUUGUUUCUGAUGACUUGGUUGUUGGUAUCAUAGACGAAGCACUAAAGAAGCCGUCAUGUCAAAAAGGAUUCAUUCUUGAUGGAUUCCCUAGGACUGUGGUGCAAGCAGAAAAGCUUGAUGAGAUGCUUCAAAAUCGAGGGACUAAAAUUGAUAAGGUCCUUAAUUUUGCGAUUGAUGAUGCCAUCUUGGAGGAGAGAAUUACCGGACGUUGGAUCCACCCAGCUAGUGGUCGUUCAUACCAUACAAAAUUUGCACCUCCAAAAGUACCUGGGGUAGAUGAUGUCACUGGAGAGCCUUUGAUACAACGUAAAGAUGAUACUUCUGCUGUUCUCAAGUCAAGGCUGGAAGGCUUCCAUAGGCAAACUGAGCCGGUCAUUGACUACUACGCCAAGAAGGGUAAUGUAGUGAAUCUUCCUGCGGAGAAACCACCACAGAUGGUCACAAAUGAAGUCAAGAAAGCUCUCUCCUGAUCGAAGGAUGCCAAACUUUUUUGUUUAAAGGCUAGAAAAUUGAACUCUGAAUUUUGGUUUAACCCGUUAUAUUUCUAGGUGACUGACUUGGCUAUUUAUCUUUUAUGGCACUAGGUUGGUACCAACCCCUUAUGAACAUCACAAAGAUGGUGUAUUUAUUUUAUUUUUAACAUUGAAAUCUAGUGAGCUUUUGCAGAGUGCCGUAGGAAUUUGCACAAAGUUAUUA